UAUUACAGAUCCUCACAACUCCAUGCUUUCUACUGCAGGCUGGUCCUGAACCUGGAGAUCUGCUGAGAGGAUGGGGGCAGAUGGGGAAACCGUGGUCUUAAAGAACAUGCUCAUUGGUGUCAACCUGAUCCUUCUGGGCUCCAUGCUCAAGCCCUCGGAGUGUCAGCUCGAAGUCACCACGGAAAGGGUCCAGAGACAGGCCGUGGAGGAGGAAGGCGGCACUGCCAGCUAUAACACAUCCGGCAAAGAGCAGCCGGUGGUCUUCAACCACGUGUACAACAUCAACGUGCCCCUGGACAGCCUCUGCUCCUCGGGGCUGGAGGCCUCGGCCGAGCAGGAGGUGAGUGCCGAAGAUGAUGUGCUGGCGGAGUACACGGGGCAGACCUCGGACCACGAGAGCCACGUCACCUUCACCCACAGGAUCAACCUCCCUAAAAAGGCCUGCCCGUGUGCCAGCUCAGCCCAGGUGCUGCAGGAGCUGCUGAGCCGAAUCGAGAUGCUGGAGAGGGAGGUGUCAGUGCUGCGGGACCAGUGCAGCAGCAGCUGCUGCCAACAAAGCGCUGCUACAGGACAACUGGACUAUAUCCCUCACUGCAGUGGCCACGGCAACUUUAGCCUCGAGUCCUGUGGCUGCAUCUGCCACGAAGGCUGGUUUGGCAAGAACUGCUCGGAGCCCUUCUGCCCGCUGGGCUGCUCCGGCCGGGGCGUGUGCGUGGACGGCCAGUGCAUCUGCGACAGCGAGUACAGCGGGGACGACUGCUCGGAGCCCCGGUGCCCCACAGACUGCAGCUCCCGGGGGCUGUGUGUGGACGGGGAGUGCGUCUGCGAGGAGGCCUACGCGGGCGAGGACUGCAGCGAGCUGAGGUGCCCUGGGGACUGCUCGGGGAAGGGGAUAUGUGCCAACGGCACCUGCUUAUGCCAGGAGGGCUACGCCGGUGAGGACUGCAGCCAGCGGCGGUGUCUGAACGCCUGCAGCGGGCGAGGACACUGCCAGGAGGGCCUGUGCUUCUGUGAAGAGGGCUACCAGGGCCCUGACUGCUCGGCAGUUGCCCCUCCAGAGGACUUGCGAGUGGCUGGUAUCAGCGACAGGUCCAUUGAGCUGGAAUGGGACGGGCCGAUGGCAGUGACGGAAUAUGUGAUCUCUUACCAGCCGACGGCCCUGGGGGGCCUCCAGCUCCAGCAGCGGGUGCCUGGAGAUUGGAGUGGUGUCACCAUCUCGGAGCUGGAGCCAGGUCUCACCUACAACAUCAGCGUCUACGCUGUCAUUAGCAACAUCCUCAGCCUUCCCAUCACUGCCAAGGUGGCCACCCAUCUCUCCACGCCUCAAGGGCUACGAUUCAAGACGAUCACAGAGACCACGGUGGAGGUGCAGUGGGAGCCCUUCUCCUUCUCCUUCGAUGGGUGGGAGAUCAGCUUCAUUCCAAAGAACAAUGAAGGAGGGGUGAUUGCCCAGCUCCCCAGUGACGUUACAUCCUUCAACCAGACGGGACUAAAGCCUGGGGAGGAAUAUAUUGUCAAUGUGGUGGCUCUGAAGGAGCAAGCCCGGAGCCGCCCUACCUCGGCCAGCGUCUCUACUGUCAUUGAUGGGCCUACACAGAUCCUGGUUCGAGAUGUCUCCGACACGGUGGCCUUUGUGGAGUGGACGCCACCUCGAGCCAAAGUUGAUUUCAUUCUCCUGAAGUACGGCUUGGUGGGCGGGGAAGGCGGGAAGACCGCCUUCCGGCUGCAGCCUCCUCUGAGCCAGUACUCGGUGCAGGCCCUGCGGCCCGGCUCCCUGUACCAGGUGUGGGUCAGCGCCGUCCGCGGAGCCAACGAGAGCGAGUCCAGCACCACCCAGUUCACAACAGAGAUUGACGCCCCCAAGAACCUGCGGGUUGGCUCCCGCACAGCAAGCAGCCUUGACCUGGAGUGGGACAACAGUGAAGCGGAGGUUCAGGAGUACAAGGUUGUGUACAGCACCCUGGCGGGUGAGCAGUACCAUGAGCUGCUGGUCCCCAAGAGCAUCGGUCCAACUACCAGGACCACACUCACAAAUCUGGUGCCUGGCACUGAGUAUGGAGUUGGAAUAUCCGCUGUCAUGAACUCACAGCAAAGUGUGCCGGCCACCAUGAACGCCAGGACCGAACUAGACAGUCCGCGAGACCUCAUGGUCACAGCCUCCUCGGAGACCUCCAUCUCCCUCAUCUGGACCAAGGCCAGCGGCCCCAUUGACCACUACCGAAUUACCUUUACCCCAUCUUCUGGGAUCGCCUCGGAAGUCACUGUGCCCAAGGACAGGACCUCGUACACACUGACAGACCUAGAGCCUGGGGCAGAAUACAUCAUUUCAAUCACUGCUGAGAGGGGUCGGCAGCAGAGCCUGGAGUCCACUGUGGAUGCCUUCACAGGCUUCCGCCCCAUCUCCCAUUUGCACUUUUCCCACGUGACCUCCUCCAGUGUGAACAUCACUUGGAGUGACCCAUCCCCUCCAGCAGACAGACUCAUUCUGAACUACAGCCCCCGGGAUGAAGAGGAAGAGAUGAUGGAGGUCUCCCUGGAUGCCACCAAGAGGCAUGCUGUACUAAUGGGCCUGCAGCCAGCCACCGAGUACAUCGUGAACCUGGUGGCAGUCCAUGGCACAGUGACCUCUGAGCCCAUCGUGGGCUCCAUCACCACAGGAAUUGAUCCCCCCAAAGACAUCACAAUUAGCAAUGUGACCAAGGACUCAGUUGUGGUCUCCUGGAGCCCUCCUGUUGCUUCUUUCGAUUACUACCGAGUAUCGUAUCGGCCAACACAAGUGGGACGACUAGACAGCUCGGUGGUGCCCAACACGGUGACAGAAUUCACCAUCGCCAAGCUGUCCCCAGCUACCGAGUACGAAAUCAGCCUCAACAGCGUGCGGGGCAGGGAGGAGAGUGAGCGGAUCUGCACUCUCGUGCACACAGCCAUGGACAAUCCUGUGGAUCUGACUGCUGCCAACAUCACUCCCACAGAAGCCCUGCUGCAGUGGAAGGCGCCCGUGGGCAACGUGGAGAACUACGUCCUCGUUCUCACACACUUUGCAGUUGCUGGAGAGACCAUCCUGGUUGACGGAGACAGUGAGGAAUUCCAUCUGGUUGACCUGCUUCCCAGGACCCACUAUACUGUCACUAUGUAUGCCACCAGCGGGCCUCUCACCAGUGCCACCAUCAGCACCAACUUCUCUACCCUCCUGGACGCUCCUGCAAAUCUGACAGCCAGUGAAGUCACCAGACAAAGUGCCCUGAUCUCCUGGCAGCCUCCCAGGGCAGAGAUUGAAAACUACGUCUUGACCUACAAAUCCACUGAUGGAAGCCGCAAGGAGCUGAUUGUGGAUGCGGAGGACACGUGGAUCCGACUGGAGGGCCUGUCCGAGAGCACAGACUACACAGUGCUCCUGCAGGCGGCCCAGGACACCGAGCGGAGCAGCAUCACCUCCACCACCUUCAUCACAGGGGGCCGCAUCUUCCCUCAUCCCCAAGACUGUGCCCAGCACUGGAUGAACGGAGACACUCUGAGUGGGGUUUACACCAUCUUCCUCAACGGAGAGCUAAGCCAGAAGCUACAGGUGUACUGCGACAUGACCACCGACGGGGGUGGCUGGAUCGUAUUCCAGAGGCGGCAGAAUGGCCAAACGGAUUUUUUCCGGAAAUGGGCUGAGUACCGUGUUGGCUUCGGGAACCUGGAGGACGAGUUUUGGCUGGGGCUGGACAACAUACACAGGAUCACGUCCCAGGGCCGCUAUGAGCUGCGCGUGGACAUGCGGGACGGCCAGGAGGCCGCCUUCGCCUACUACGACAAGUUCUCUGUCGAGGACGGAAGAAGCCUGUACAAACUCCGCAUAGGAGGCUACAACGGCACGGCAGGGGACUCCCUCAGCUAUCAUCAGGGCCGCCCUUUCUCCACCGAGGACAGAGACAAUGAUGUUGCAGUUACCAACUGUGCCAUGUCAUACAAGGGGGCCUGGUGGUACAAGAACUGCCACCGGACCAACCUCAACGGGAAAUACGGGGAGUCCAGGCACAGUCAGGGGAUCAACUGGUACCAUUGGAAAGGCCAUGAGUUCUCCAUCCCCUUCGUGGAAAUGAAGACGCGCCCCUACAACCACCGUCUCACGGCGGGGAGGAAACGGCGGUCCUUGCAGCUCUAAGCAGUGGGCGGCGGCGAGCCAGCUGACCUUUUCUGUCAUUUGUUUGUAUUUUAUAAUAUGAAACAAGGGGCGGGGGAAAUAGUGAUGUGCUUUGCAACAUAUUAAGAGUGUUUGAAGGAAGCAGGAAGUAGCAGGAACCGGUUGAGAAUCAGCAGCUCAUGGUUUCUGCUGCCCCCGGGACUGACCCUCCGCCUCCAUGCUCCCUCCUACCCAGUCAUCUUUAACCUUCCCCUCUUUUCCUACCAAGGAGGAAAAGUGAGACAUUUUCUUAAAAGACCAACUCAAAAGCAAAUCCUGGAGUCAGGUUGUCAUGGUGACAGGCACGUGCCUUCUUUCCUGCCCUUCUUCCGAGAUGCCCUUCACUUUCAGGUAUUGUCCUCUGGUCACUGCCUUGGAUGGCCGUGUUCUCACCCCGGCUCAGAGAAGAAGCCUCAGCAAGAGAGCUUUGCCAAGAAGCCCCCGCAAAAGGAAACAGAUUAACCUCACCCCACCUCAACAACCCAAGUCCUUCGUAAUGGGCCAAAGAUUCUCAUCUGACACUCUUACUAGUCAAGUAUCCUCUGUCACCUGUCAAGAGUAGUGACCUCUUUUCCAGCCAGUCCACCUUUGCCCAUUUCCAUCCUACCCUUCGACCCCCGUGGCCCCACACGCCUAACCACCGUUUUGGAUUCUAGUUCCCAAGGCGUUGCCUGGCCCUGGCCCUGGGCUGCACGGUAGCUGUGUGCCUGUGGGUUCUAAGUUACUGCCCCUCCCUCGGGUCACAUAGACAGCAGCUUUCUUUGGCGAUAGGAGGGGGAGAUCGUUGUGGUCUGUACCACUUUAGGGCCAGGCACUGAGGAAGGCACAGAAGAAGUAGAAAUCAGGGCACCUUCCACCAAGAUUAUACAUUCCACCGGGGACACAGAUCUUACCAAGCUCUGUUUUCUGUUUCUCGUCCCAUUUGUCAUGGAUUCUUUUUUCCUUUAAUUGCAAACUAAAGGCCUCAUUUCUGUCUUCACUAAAGGCCCUCCUUAAUGUGGGCAGCGUGAUAAGAGUCAGAAUAAGUCAUAUGACCGGCCCGCCAUUCCCCUGACUGACAGCCCUGGGAAGAGGUGGAAUUUUAGGGUUUUGGUUUUGAGUUUUCUCCUCUUUUUCGGUCCUGUGAGAAACAGGAGUGACCUCCUUAAUGAGGUGAGAUCAUGAGAAGCCUUUUUCCAUCUUCUUUUAUUAUUCUGCCUUUGAGAGGAAAAAUGAAAAGUGCCAGAGGAAAUUACAUCUAGAAAUCCAACGGUGAACAGGGGAGGAGUGUGGGCCUACCUCCCGUUUUACGAGACGUGCUCUCUUUGCUAGCUUGAUUUGAUUUUUAAACCCAAGGAAGCUGGAGGCUCUAGGAGCCAUGACCCAUCCACUUCUCCAAAUCAAAUGUCAGCUGCAGCCAUCCCUACAGCGUGCCCAAGUUCCCUGUCCAGGCUCCCCAGCUGCCUCCUCCCUUUCCUCUCCCCUUCCUUAAGGCUCUGGUUCUGUUUUCCGUCAUGCCCACAUUUAGUCAAACUGGGGCAUCUCGGGCCUUUCCCAACCAAUCACUGGCUGAGACUGAGAGCUGGCCAUUUUCUAAUGGAAACCUCCAUAGUCUAACCGAGCUCUGCUAACCAGGAAAGGACAAUCCAUGGGGCUGACGGUCACACCUCUGACGUUAGGGUGGAGUCAGCUGCCGCUGGCCUUGUUCACGGUCGUGGAGUGGGUGUGACUGGCAAACUGGGGCUGGAAAUGGAGGUGGCAUUUCCGUUUCUCAAUUCACCAUGGACUUCAAGAAAGCUAGGAGAAGGAAGAAGAGGCAGAAACAAUCCUUUCAAGAAACCUGUUAACUAAGGCAGAUUUAGCUAGAGAGCAGGGCACCAAUGAAGCAAGUUGAAUGAGGAACCUAUGAGGCACCUGGGGAUCAAGGCCUAGGCCCACCUCUGCCGUUUUGUUGGCUCUGUGACAUCGGGAAGUUUGGUUCACCUCUCUGGGCCUCAGCUUCCUCACCUGUUGAAUGUUGGCUUCUAACAUCCCUUUUAGUUUUGGGAGUCAGUAAUGCUAGUCUCUGAUCUGAAAACCUCAGUAGAGAUUGGCAUUGGUGAGAGAGCACAAUUAAGUAAGGAAAAUUCACCAGAAGCCUUGCUUUAUGAAAAAGAGAGAGAGAAUGAGAGAAGGAAGGAAGGAAGGAAGGAAGGAAGGAAGGAAGGAAGGAAGGAA